AUGGGUGCUCCUCAUCUUUUCUCUUCUCUUAGCUGUGAGUUGAAAAUCAUACAAGCAAAAAGCGUGGAAUUCAAGCCCACCGGUUCCUUCUUUGUUAGAUACUAUCUUUCUGCAGGAAACAACAAAAGAAUUCGCCUCAACACCCGAGAAAUCUCCUCUAAGUCCGACCUCUCUUGGAACGAGUCCUUCUCUUUGGACUGUGUUGGUAGCCAAGACUCCAUGGACAACCUAAAGCAAGAAAACGUGGUGUUUGAGCUCCGUUGGAGGAACAAAGUUCCAGUUCUUGGAAAGAUUGGAAGGUCACAGCUGUUGGGGAGGGCAGAGAUUCCAUGGAAACAAGUGUUUGAGUCACCAAACAUGGAAAUAGAGAAGUGGGUCACGAUGAUUUCAACGAGGAGGCAUGUGCUUGAUGGUGCCAAGCCACCUAAGCUGCAGGUGGGGAUGAGAAUUCAAGUUCCUGCAAUGGUGGAAAUGGAGACUAGGACACAUGUAAAGGUUAACAAGUGGAAAUAUGAGUGUGAAUGCAAAGAUGGUCAUGGCUACAGUACUUGUGAAGAUUACGAAAUUUUUGCACUAGCGGCUGCUUUGGAGGCCUUUUAG